CAGCUGCCGUAAUUCCCCGAAAUGGAAGCAUAUACUGGAAUCAGCUUUAUAGUAAUAUUUGUGGCCUGUACAGUAGGAGAGAGGCUGGGAUGUCCACAGAUUUGCAAAUGCCCUGACAUCCAUCUGUGCCCUCCUGGAACGCCCAUGGUGCUGGACCCUUGUGGAUGUGGGUGCAGAGUCUGUAUACAAGAGCUUGGAGCUGAGUGUGAUGGGCUCAGGCCGUGUGACCCCACCAAGAACCUGACCUGUGACUAUCAGGGUGACCCCGACAGACAAAGAGGACUGUGCAAGGAGACAGAAGAGGAUCCUGUACCCCCGACAGAUCCACCUAUGUGUAAAACAAACACAGACUGGACCCCGUGCUCACGAUCGUGCGGAUUUGGGAAUUCUGUGCGGAUAACUUAUGAGAAAGAAAGCUGCACCCCUAAAGUUGAGAGGAGACUGUGUAUGAUCAGACCCUGCAAGGGGCAAUAUGCCAGUGCCAACUACACGGUCCUGAAGUCUUCCAGUGUCUGCAAUCGUGUCACCCGCUGGUCCCAGCCACUGCACCUCCAUUACCGAGGCUGUGUGACAGAUUACCCCCAGCUUCCCAGAUUCUGUGGCCACUGCUCAGAUGGGCGCCUCUGCUACCCUUCCAUGAGCGAGACACGGCAUUUGUCAUUUCAGUGUCCCCACCGUGGCCGAGACAUCACCCAUAACGUAAUGUUGGUGGUGAGGUGUCAGUGUGGUGGAAAGAGAGGGAAGAAGAGGAAUGGGAACAGAAGGAGGGCAAAUAGCGGAAUGCAGUCAGGGGAAGAGACAGCCGGGCAGUAGAGUUGUCCAACUGAGAGACAGUGGAUCAGUGGAAAAAAGAGACACAGAAUAAAGAAGAAAAAAACUAUUGUGAAGUAUUAGAUGAUUACAAAUAUAUAGGAUAUAGGAUGUUGGACUCCAGUUGGAUAAACAAGCGUAUUUGCUUUCCUUAUAGAAGCAGCGUUUAAACUCAUAGGGCUAAAUGUCAUUUGCAAUAACUAAAAGUAAUUUGUGAUAACUUCUAUACUUUAGUAGCUAUCUCCUAUCUGCGCACCCUCACCGCCUCCCAUCCCAUUGUAAAACCACAUGAUGCAACACGCAGAGACAGCAACCUAUGUAUAACCUCUUCUAGUCCACCUAGCUGGGGCAUAGUGAGAUUGGAGAGCUCACAAUCAUUUCCACACGAGUAGGAAGACUAAAGGAAAUUUAGGGCGGCUAUCCAAUUAGUCCCAAUAAAGCGAUUGUCUCUGAUGCCAUCACUUAGCACGGAUUAUGGUUUGCAUGCAUAAAAAGCAUAAUCCGCAAUAAGUGCCCCUUAGACCCACGAUAGGUGCCGCAAAAAUACAUAGAUCUGCGGCUUUUCACGGAACCUACUGUAUGUAUUUUUGCAUUAAAAACGGUGGUUUUUCACACAACCUAAUUGGAUAGGGGUGAUUAACAAAGCCAUGAAAAACACGUUUUUCAUGGCCAUGUCACUAUCGCGGGUAAUUGGAUACCUCUCUAUUGGGUCUAUUUACUAAGCUUUGGAUGGAGAUAAAGUUGCUGGAGAGAAAAUACCAGCCAAUCAGCUCCUAACUGUCAUGUCACAGGCUGUGUUUGAAAAAUGACAGUUAGGAGCUGAUUGGCUGGUACUUUAUCUCCAGCGACUUUAUCUCCAUCCAAGGCUUAGUAAAUAGACCCCUUAGUAAAUGUCACUGUGCGUUUAUAUAAUCUAUAGGUGGCACUGUUGCUUCUUAUUAAAUUUUACCGUGCUUGUGUAUUGAUAGUAUUCUAAAUCACUUGAAAAAUGACGUCUGCAUUGGCCGGAUUUGGCUAUUUAAGCCCUUGCAAACGCACCAAAGUUCUGCACUAUGGGCCUGAUUGUAAUUUGGAAGUAAGAAAAAAAAAAGCAAGUUACUUUGUAAUACAAUACAUGUUGCCAUAAAAGGGGAAUAAAUACACUUAUAUGUUUUCUGUGCAGGGUAAACACUGGCUGUUUUUGCAUGUAUCCCACAAAUACUGGCUGCUUUAUUUUUACACUGCAAUUUUGAUAUCAGUUUGAACACACCCCACCCAAAUCUAACUCUCUCUGCACAUGUUACAUCUGCCACCCCUGCAGUGCAACUUGGUUUUGCCCAGCUCUACAGUUAAUUGCUUUUUUUGCUUUACUUUAAGUUAGAAGCAGGCUCUGUUUCCCAACAUCAGAGGUUCCCAAAUGCAGUCCUCAAGGCACCCCAAUGGUCCUGGUUUUAGGUAUAUCCAUGCUUGGCCACAGGUGACUUAAUUAGCACCUUGGUCAAUUUAAUUUAACCAUCUGUGCUGAGCCAUGGCUAUACCUAAAACCUGGACUGUUGAGGUGCCUUGAGGACCGCAUUUGGGAACCUCUGCCCAACAUGUAAUACCAGAAGUAAGGGCAUACUAUACCCUUUUACCUACUCAGGGAGGUCCACACAACAACGCACAAUGGGGCUAAUUCAGACUGCGUCGCUGCAGCGGCAGUGAUCGCAGUCUGAAUCAUUUUGUGGAGUGCGCACGUGCAGCGUGCGCACCCCGGGGGCCCAGUGAGAUGCUAUGAGCAUCUCUGGGCAGCGAUCACCUCUGCCUGGAUGACAGGCAGAGGUAGUCACGGGGCGGGAGGGGGCGUGCCAUCAGCGUUAAAACGCCGUUGGCGGGGCGCGGUCGGACAACAGAGGCGUGUCGUGACUGUUGGGUGGGCAGGCCGCGGCAUCUGCGUGAUGUGGGUGGGCGGGGUGCGGCGGUUAGCUCCCUGCCAGAGCGCAGGAGCUGCGCUGGCAGGUAGCUACUCAUCAGGUACAAAAGCAUCGCUGACGUGCAAUGCUAUUGUACAUUGCGGAUUGUGGGGGGGGGGGGGGGUAGGGACUGACAUGCUGGGCGGACUAGCCCUGUGCUGGGCGUCCCCCCGCAUUUCAGAGUAACUCUGAAUCACCCCCAAUAUUAGCACAAUAAUUGUCUAUGAUACUGGAUUUGAAUUGCAAAAAAACGCGGUCAUUAUUUCAGCUCGCUCCUAUCUGAAUUGCCCCCGUGACGGGUCUGCUGACUCUGGGAUAUUAGCUUCUUCUUUUUCCUACUUUGCACCCAGACAAUAUUUUUGGUGCCUCGUUGCAGUGAUACGUGGGUUAUUAUCACUGUUGUUGUUUAUUCAUAAAGCACCACAAAAGCUGCAGCACUGUACAGUGGGGAAGUAGCGUAUAAUUACAUAGACACAGAGGAUCAACAGGUAAAGUAGUGGACACAGAGACAGGGGGAUGUGUAUCACGCCUUGGAGAGAGAUAGGGCGGGAUGUACUACGCAUGGCAUUGUGGAUGUGAUACAUCCCACCACUUAUCAGGUGCAUACCUGCGUUAAUAAUGGCAUUUUUCCCAUGCGUCUGAUGAAGUGUGCGCCGCAGGAAACACUGGGAGGGAUCCCUCUCAGGGAAGAAUGCAAAUAGAAUCCCAUAGGCUUCUGUUAGGCAAUGCCUUCUAUAGAUGGCAUUGCCUACCAGGUCCAAGCUCUGGUAAGUUUCAGAGCUUUGUACAUACGGGGAAUGCAGACACAACUUUUUUUGCCCGCAUUUUCAUUUUAGUACAUCCCGCCCUAAAUUGUAGAAAGAUCAAGGGGUCUAUUUACUGAGCCUUGGAGAAAAAGUGGAGAGAGAUAAAGUACCAACCAAUCAGCUCCUAACUACCCUGUUACAGGCUGUGUUAGAAAAAUGACAGUUAGGAGCUGAUUGGUUGGUGCAUUAUCUCUCUCCAAGGUUUGAUACAUCUCCCCCACAGUGCAUAACACUUGUGGUAAAGAACUUGCAGGAGACUAGAUAUAAGGACACACAGGUGGAUGAGAUCGGAGCGAACAAGGAGACAGGAGGACCAGUUUGUCUGACCAAUUUAUGAACAGGCCUAUCAGAGAUUUGUCAAUAUCUUCCAGUUCUUGCCUUGACUUCAACCAUUAAUUUACGCUUGAAUAUAAUAGUGGCACCCAUGUUUCCCAUUAGGGGUUCAGUCAGUCAUGUGAGUUUUUUUAGACAAGCCUUUAAAGCAUGCUCGUGACCUAUACCUAGUGUAAGCAGCCAUUUUGUGAGAGCACACUCUGGACCUAUACCCGGUGGAAGCAGUCAUUAUGCGGUAGCACACAUGACCUAUACCCGGUGGAAGCAGCCUUUUUGUGAGAGCACACUUGUGACCUAUACCCGGUGGAAGCUGCAAUUUAGUGAAAGCACAUUCAUGACCUAGGCUAUAACCAGUGUAAGCAGCCAUUUUGUGGAAGCUCACAUGACCUAUACCCAGUGUAAGCAGCCAUUUUGCAGGCGCACACAUGACCGUCCUAUAGAGAACACAGCCUAUGAAUUUACCAGACAUAACAGUGGCGACUUCAGACGGUGCAUUUUAAUUCCCAGGAAAAUUAACUUUAAAAUAGAAAAGUAAUUCAAUCUGUUAAGUUUCAGUGACAAAGAUCUACAGCAGCUCUAAAUGGCUCCUUCUGUGUGAAUAGUCUCCUGUCACCCACCCCUGGGGUUGUUUCGUAUGCCAGCUACGGCCACCAUUGCAGCUCGUUUCAUAAUUAUUCUGAUUUCUCUCUGAAUAUUGAGACGCAAGUCCUCUCUGUCUAUUCCAUUUAGAACUGAAUAAAAUGCUGUCACAUGUU